AUGAGGCAGCUCAAGUACCACGAGCAGAAGCUGCUCAAGAAGCAUGACUUUAUCCAAUGGAAGUCCGAUGCGGGGAUGCGGGAGAUCAAGAUCAUGAGGCGCUACCACAUCCAGGACCGCGACGACUACCACAAGUACAACAAGUUGGUCGGACGCAUCCACCACCUCGCCCUUCGCCUCUCUACGCUGCCGGCCCAAGAUCCGUUCCGGGUCAAGCACGAGGACAGCCUGCUGGGCAAGCUGUACGACAUGGGCCUGAUCAAUACUGGCGCCAAGAUGAGCGACAUCACCAACAACCUCAAUGUCAGCGCCUUUUGCCGCAGGAGGCUGCCCGUCGUCAUGGUCCGCCUGCGUAUGGCCCAGACUGUCGGACAGGCGGUCAAGUACGUGGAGCAGGGCCACGUCCGUGUCGGCCCCGACACCAUCACUGACCCCGCGUUUGCCGUCACGCGCAACAUGGAGGACUUCGUGACAUGGGUGGAUACGAGCAAGCUCAAGCGGACGAUUGCCAAGUACAACGACGAGCUGGACGACUUCGACCUGCUCUGA